UUGUUGCAGUUUAACUUUGUGGGACGCAUUCUGGGCCCACGUGGUUUGACGGCCAAGCAGCUGGAGUCUGAGACGGGCUGCCGGAUUAUGGUGCGGGGUCGUGGGAGCAUGAGGGACAAGAAGAAGGAGGAGCAGAACCGCGGCAAGCCCAACUGGGAGCAUCUGAGUGAGGAGCUCCACGUGCUCGUCACCGUGGAGGACUCCCCGAACCGCGCCGACGUCAAACUCAGACACGCCGUGGACGAGGUCAAGAAGCUCUUAGUGCCCUCGGGGGAGGGUGAAGACAACUUGAAGAAGCUGCAGCUGAUGGAGUUGGCCAUCAUCAACGGGACGUACCGGGACGCAGCCCAGCCGAGACACCGUGAGUAUUGCACUCAAGGACAGCUACAGCAGCUACAGCAUCACCACCAGCAGCAGCAGCAGCAGCUACAGCAGCUUCAGCAGCAGCAGCAGCUGCCGUUCGCCACCUCCAUGGUGCCUGCUCCUCCGCCCAUGGCGUUCACGAUGGCCGGGCCCCCACUCACGGCCGCCCACGGCCACCGCUUCCUGGCGGCCGCGGCGGCCGCUGCCCAGCAGCUUCACCUCGCGGGGCCCGGGGCUCAGCAGUUCCACUUGCGCGGGGCCUCGCCCGGGGGCGGCCAGGUCCCCGGUGGCAUGGGCGGCGUCCCCGGCGUGCCGGGCGUCCCGUCCCCAGGGAUGUGUCUCCCUUUCAUGCGCCCCCUUCACCCCAUGCUGGGGGGUCCCGGCGUGCCCGGAGUCCCCGGGGUCCCGGCGGACACCCCGGGCCUCGUGUACACCUCCUACGAGUACCCCUGCCUCCUGGAGUAUCCCCUGGACCACACGGGAGUCCUCGGAGCCGUUCCCACCAAGGUUCGGCGCCACGACUCCCGUGUGCACCCCUACCAGAGGGACAGAGCUGCCAGCAACAACUAACGUCCUAACAUCAACGUCCUAACGGCCGCGCAGCCCUAACCAGUUCCCGGGCCGGUCGUGACCGGUUCACGCCAGUUCCUAACCGGUUCUAACUGGUCCUGAACUGCCUCAGACCGGUCCCGGCUGGUUCUGACCGGUUUUGUGACCUCCCCCUCCGGCCUGUGACUGGUUUGUGAACCAGUCGUGACUGGCCCCGACCGGUUCCCUCCGCUGUGGGGCGGCGGCUGUUACUGGUGUUCAACCUAAGCCCUGUAACCUGCCGUGGUCAGCGGCGCGAGUGGACGCAACGCGGCCCGGUGCUUGCGCUACUCACUCACUCACUCGCUCACUCACUCACACGCUCACUCACUCACACGCUCACUCACUCGCUCACUCACUCACUCGCUCGCUCACUCAC